UCCCCCUCAGGAGCGCCGCCAUUUUGGAUCCGCCGCCGCUCCCUGAGGUGAUGCCAGACCUUCCCAAAGACCCCCCAGAUUUGGGGUCUCUCCAGGAGCUGCGGGCUGCCCUGGAGGGGGCGCUGCUGCGCUGCCCGGCUGAGGCCGAGCCCCCCGAGCUGGGCCCGGUGCUGCGGCUGCCGCUGCCGCCGACGCAGAAACUGCAACGGCUGCAGGGGCGGCAGCUCCUGAGGGACAACCUGGAGUGGAAUCCCGGCGGUCUCCCCCACGGCCUGGAGCAGCUGCGGACGGCGCUGAACAUUCUGGAAAAGUACGGGCGGAACCUGCUGAGCCCGCGCCCGCCCCGCCACUGGAGGGGCGUCCGGUUUGGCAACCCCGUCUUCAAAUCCACCGUGGGAGCCAUCCAGGGCGGCCGGGCCGUGCUGAAGCUGCUGGGCUACACGGAGGAGUCGGGGGAGGGGCUGAGCUUCCCCCCGCCCCCCCACGGGCCCCACCCCCCCCUGGUGGCCGCCGUCACCGCCGACGUCCUCGUGCUGAGGGCAGAGCUGGACCUGCUCUUACUGCAGAACCAACACCCGAACCCGCAGUUCUUCACCCAGAUCUUACUGGGAGGGGAUGAGGGGCCGCUGCUGUCGGACGCGCUCCCCGUGACGCCCUCGCUGCUCCCGGCCGGCCGGGGGCGCUCUGACACCAACCCAGGAGAGGCGGAGGCGGGGGAGGGGCAGGGCUGGGAGUGCCGCAGCUGCACCUUCCGGAACGUUCCGCAGCGCGUCCUGUGCCACGUGUGCGAGAGACCCCGGCUCGCCCGCAGACCCCAGCCAAGCCCGCCCCCCUCCCAGCCAAGCCCCGCCCCCUGCCCGCCUUGGCCCUGCCCCCGCUGCACCUUCCUCAACCGAGGCCACGCCCCCCGCUGUGAGAUCUGCGGCGCUGACCACGCCCCCUCGGAUGACGUCACUUGCGGCGUGACCACGCCCACUCUUGCUUUUCUUUCUACCACUUCCGGGUUUGCGGCUGCCACUUCCGGUUCUGGCCCCGCCUCUUCUGGUGGAUAUACAACAACUUCCGGUGUGGGCAAAACAACUUCCGGGUCGGACUCCGCCUCUUGUGGUGUCAAGAAAGUCACUUCCGGGUCUGCCGAUGUCACUUCCGGUGUCGCAGAAACAAUUUCCGGUGUUGGAAAGGUGACCUGCGGCCUUGCGAAACUCACUUCCGGUACGGGAAAAUCCACUUCCGGUGCGGGAAAAUCCACUUCCGGUUCCGGGAAUUCCACUUCCGGUGUUGAACCGUGUCGUGGGGAUGAGAAAAACGGCACUUCCGGGUUUGCUGAUGUCACUUCCGGCGGUGGCUCCGCCCCUUCCCGUGAUGCUUUGCGGCAGCGGAAGCUUCUGGAAGACGGGCGGCGCCUCGUGGAGCUCGUCCGGGCUGCCGAGUCCCAGGGCCUCCCCCCAGAAUCCCUUGGCCCCGCCCCCUUGUCCGACCUUCCGGAAGCUUCCGGCCCCGCCCCCAGCCCCGAUUCCCAGAUCCGGCACUUCCGGGGCCGCCUCGCCGGGGUCCUCAAGGACCUCCUGGGGGCGGGGCCUGAGGAAAAAGAGGGCGGGGCCUCCCUUGGCCCGUUCUCAUUGGCCGAGGCCGCCUGGGCGUGGCUGGAGGGGGAGGGGCAGCCGGAGCGCGCACGCCGCAUUCUGAUUGGUCGGAGGAAGCAGCAGCUCCGCCUCCUGUCCAGCCUGGGUUUCCCUGACCCCGCCCCCGCGGGGGCGGCGCUGCAGCGGCACCGGGGCAGCCAAUGGGAGGCGCUGGGGGAGCUGCAGCGGCUGUGGCUGCGGCUCCGCCCCUUCCGCUUACGUCAUCAGCAGGGGGCGGAGCCCGGCCUGGACUUCAACCAGCCCGACCAGCAGGCCCUGGUCCGUCAGAUCCUGGCCUCGUUUCCCGUGGCCAGCUGGGGCCGGGCCCUGCUCGUGGCCAGCCUGGGCCGGGAGCUGGGCCUGGGGCUGCUGCCCGCUCCCAGUACGGAGCCCUUACUGGGGGAACUGGUGGAGGCCGUGGGGUCCUGCCCGGACAGGGCUGCCCUGCGCAGGCGCCUGCGCUGUGAGUGCGCCGUCUGCGGCUGGGGGCUGCCCCGGCAGCGGAUGCAGUGGCUGCCGGGCUGCUCGUGCCCCCUGUGCCCCGAGUGCUUCCGGCUCCAUUUCACCGUGGGGCUGAGGGAGAGGGGCGUGGGCGCCCUGGGCUGCCCCAGCUGCGGCCGGCCCGACCUGCGCGACGACGCCCAGCGCCUCUGCUACUGGUCCACGCUGGAGCCCGUGCUGCGGCGCUGUCUGGACCCCGACACCUUCGGCCUCGUGACCCGGAAGUUGACGGAGCUGGAGCUGCUGAGGGACCCCCAGUUCCUGUGGUGCCCCCAUUGCUCCUUCGGGUUCAUCUUCGAGGCCGAGAGGGGCCCGGCCCAGUGUCCCCAGUGCCACCACUGCUGCUGCCCCCGCUGCCAGCUGCCGUUUGGGGCCUUCCUGGGCGAGCCCGGCAUCGCGUGUCCCCAGUGCGGGCAGCGCUUCGCCCUGGCGCGGGGCGGCUGUUUGCAUUUCCAGUGCUCCCAGUGCCGGCACGAGUUCUGCUCCGGCUGCGGCGCCCAGUUCCACCGGCCCGGGGGCUGCCCCUCCCCCCGCUGCUCCCUGGGCGGGGCCCUGCACGGGCACCACCCCCGCGAUUGCCUCUUCUACCUGCGCGACUGGGAACCCGCCCGGCUCCAGAGGCUGCUCCAGUCAGGGAACGUCGCCUUCGAGACGGAGCCGCCUCCUGAUGCCCCCCCCAACCCCACUGGGCAGUGCCCGGUGCCGGAGCAGAAGGAGUUCGCCUCGCUGCGGGACGAGCCGUGCGGCCGCGCCGCCGAGCCGGGCCACGCCGGCCUCUGCCGGGCACACUACACUGAGUACCUGGUGUCCCUCGUGAACCGCCACGGCCUGGACCCCGCCCCUCUGUACGACCGCACCGAGCUCCUCACCGCCGCCGAGCGCCACCUGCCGGCCGAGAGGGCCCGGCCCCUGCCGGGCGAGAGCGAGGCCGAGCACCAACUGCGCAUGCUCCGCCUGCUGGGGGAGGAGGCGCCCGUCCGGCCACGCCCACAGGGGGCGGGGCUGAGGGCAGUAUGCAAAUGAGUUACCAUAUAUGGGGAAAAUGCCCUUAUAUGGGAGAGAUUGGGGUU